AUGACAGUCAUCGCGAGGAUCUUAUCAGAUGCCAAGCCUCGCCCCCUCUCAUCGACAACACCACGCUCCUCUGCUAAACAGUCCGAUCCCGCACUCCGCACUCCGCACUCCCUUACCCAUGUCGACCCUCGGUCAACCCCCUCCGAUUUUUCCCCCAGAUAUAGACCCGCCAUCCACCACCGAAGCUCCCCCACCCUGCAGCACUCCUCCCCCUCCCAAACCCAAGGUGCCACCAAUCCCCCCCCACAGUAUCGCUGGGCCGACACCUACCUCUCCUCCACGCCGUGCAACUCCUGGGACAUCCUCGACUACCUCCGCCGCUCGGGCGAUGCGGGCCCCUUCGACAAGCUCGUCCACUCGUGGGUGAAGGCUCUUACCGCGCUGGCAAAGGCGGACGGCGACGGCGACGCGACCGACGAGGAGCGGGCAAAGGCUGCAGAGCUGUAUGCCCGCUAUGAUGCGUUGGGCCCCGACAGUGCCCGCGCCCGCGAGUGGUACCGCUCCGCCUCCCGCUUCACCCCCCGCCCCUGGUGCCCCACCCCCGCCCCCACCUCCCACAAACGCCGCUUCACCGCCCCAUCCACGCGCAAAAAAGUAAAGAAACCCAAAAAGACCCCCGUCCCGCACGCCCCCGGCCUCCCCCACCGCUUCACAACCUCCCACGCCUCGCUCGACACCUCGCAGAAAUGGCGUCUCCCCAGCGGGAAGAACUGCGAGGACAUCCUCUACGCGCACUUCUGCAACGAGCAGACAGAGUGUGCGGCACACUCGUGGGUGGUGGACCUGCAGGACCCCGACGUCCGGGGCCUGUUUGACGAUGCGGACUGGGAUGUGAUCUGCGGCAGCAUGCCGGCGUGGCCGCGGGCGGAGCGGGAAGUAGUGGACGCGCUGAUGCGGGAGGGGGGACCGGGGGCAGGGGCAGGGGGAAGGUGGGCAGAGGAGUUGUUAUGGCAUCUUCUGCCGCUGUAUGAGAACCCGGGCUUAUUCACCAACAAGUUCAACCUCGAGAACUGGUAUGUGGUCAACGUGUGGUCGGCAUUCAUGGACCGUUGCAUGAUGACGCUUCCGGGGGUGCAUUUGAGCCGAGGCGAAUCCAUCUCGACCUCCUCUCUCACGCGCAAGAACACGCCCACGUCCCAAGGCCACCGCUACGACGGCGUCCUCCGCUACCACGACCUGGAGAUUGGCGCUGUCGAGCACGCACGGGAAUGGGUGGGCACAUACGGACGCAAGUGGGGCGCCGACACGAGGAAGAUCGUAAAGGUGCUGCACGACAUGUUGGUGGCUGCAGAGAUUUCCGUAGGGUGCGAGGAGGCGUUUCGGAACGUGGUGUUGGCGGGGGUGGUCACUGCUGGCCUGCACUGCCAGACGAUACGCAUAAAGUAUGGCGGUGGGUACGUGUGCGUGGUCUCCCGCGGGCAGGAAGUGCGCAGAGUACCGACUAGCCUCAAGGACGCGGGGGAGCUGUUUGCGCUUGCGGCUGAGCUCUGGGGGCUCCGUAUACUGGUCCAACAGACGAUCGCCAUCCUCGAAGACUGCGAGGAUGCCAAGCGGAAGCGGUACUUUGAAGAGCUGAAGGACGGGGAGAAGACGUUUGUGGCAAGGCUGCCGAGGCUGCGGCCGUGUAUUGAUACGGAUGACCCCGACGAGUGA